ACGUGUGCAGCAACUUCUUCCCGGAGAUGCACAACCGCGCAUCUUCUUCUGUGAAGGUAUUUUCAUUACUCUUAUUUAACAUUUACAGUAUUUGUUGUGCAUUCGUGUUAAUUCUCAAUAAAAUGCAUGUAGGGUUCCUCGCGCAGUGUCGGCGGAAUAUUUCUUUCCCCGACCGCAUCCUGUGGACGGACGAGGCCACCUUCACACCGAACGGGGUGUUUAACUCUCACAACUUCGUACGUUGGGAAGAAGAAAAUCCGCACGCUGUUCGACAAGGCGCAUUUCAGCGCCGUUGGGCCAUAAAUGUUUGGGCCGGCAUGAUUGGAGAUCAAGUGAUCGGUCCGUACUUCCUUCCGCCCAGGCUAACCGGGCAAUUAUACGCAGAGUUGCUCGCAAAUCAACUUCCAGCUCUUCUUGAAGAUGUCCCUCUCGACGUACGGGCGGAGUUGAUUUUUCAACACGAUGGAGCUCCUGCACAUUUUAGCAGGCAAGUACGGAAUCUUUUAGACGCGCGUUUUCCGGACAGGUGGAUGGGUCGAGGUGGCCCAAUCAUCUGGCCGGCACGGUCGCCUGAUUUAAAUGUACUCGAUUAUUUUGUAUGGGGGUACAUUAAACCUGCGAUAGAGGACCGGCGUGAUGGUACGGAACAAGAAGUUCGUGAAGCUAUUGUUGCGGCCUUCGAUACCAUCACGCCGGACAUGGCGCACCGUGCGACGCGCAAUAUUACUCGAAGAGCCGAAAUCUGUGUACGAGAAGGAGGACGGCACUUCGAACAAUUCUUAUAUUAAUUAGUUAGAGUGGAUUAGGUCUAUUGGGGAAACCACUUAAAAAAACGCACCAUGCUAUC